AUGAUUUCUAUGGCACAUUCAGCUUACAAUUCAUAUCAUUAUGUUGGUUGUUAUACACAAGUAUUUUAUAAUAGUUAUUUUAUAAGUUCGUAUAUGGAACCAACAUUAUGUUUUCUUUUAUGUGAAACACCAAUUAUUUAUAUACAAGAUAAUAUUUGUCGAUGUUCAGGUAGUGGUCUUAUGGAUCAUAAUCGACAGAGAGAUGAAUAUUGUACGUUAUCAUGUCAAAAACCAGGUGAUCUUCAUGUUAGAACAGAUAAUACAUGUGGAGGUAGAGGAACAUAUUCAGCAUAUGCUGAAGAAAAUUUUUAUACACAACAUGCUCAUUUAUUUAACUAUCGAAUUCAAUUUGUAUCAUGUGAAUUAUGGAAUACUUCUCGUAAUUAUGAUACAUUUCAAGUUGAAAUUGAUCAAUCAUCAGUUAAAUCCCCAUUGAAUAAAUUGGAACGAUGUGCAGCUGCAUGUCUUGAUCAAAAUGCUACGACAAAAUCAAUAGCUUUCAAUGGUGAUAACAAUCAAUGCUUAUGUAUAACGUCCCGAAGAUUAAAUCUAGAUAUUGAUGCUGCACUUAAUUUAACAAUUUUAUCAAAUAAUAGUUGUGAUCGUUAUUGUGAUAACACAUUAGGCGAUUUGGAAAUUCAACAUAAAUUUAAAUGUGGUUCACGAACAGACUUACGUAUAUGGGCUAUAUAUGAUUUAAAUGCGACAUGUCCAAUUGGUUUUGUUUAUAUAAAAGAAUUAAAAAAAUGUAUAUCUGCCUAUAAAAGAUAUUCAAAUUCAUGUCCAUCACCAUCAAUGAGAUAUAUUUAUGAUGGAAAUGUAACUUGGAAUAUCUUUCUAAAAAUUAUUGAAAAAUUAAACUUAACUAGAUCGGUUGUUUCAAUUGAUUUUGAUGAUGAUGUUACUAUCGAUCCGUCAUGGAAAUGCCCAACAAGAACAACUAUCAAUACAAAUAAUUCAAAUCUUUCUAAUAGGAAUUUUAGUACAUAUUAUGUAUUAGAUAGCGGUUGUUUACGUGUACACUCCUAUUCCUUGAAUUCGCAUAUGUUAUUUAAUCGUUUAUGCAUAACAAAUCCUGUGCAUGAGGAUUCAUUAUCAUCUAAUACUACAUAUUAUCCAAUUUAUGGAUUAAGUCUUAAUUCAAACAUGGCUAUGUGUCCACCACCAUGGUUUGACAUAAACACAGAUUGUUAUCGGAUGUCGAAUGAUCGUAAGACAAUUCAAGAAGCAAGAAAUCAUUGUUCUGAUUUGUCAGAAUUGGAAGAACGGUAUACUAAACGACUAAAACUUACAUCAAGUAUUGUUGAUGAUAUGAAUAUGAAUAACCAAGCAAUACAUAAACUCAUGAAUAUUAUGAUUGAUAUCUUAGCAGGUGAAAUCGCUCAAUAUACAUCACAAUGGCAAGUUCGUCUUGGCUUCUUUCUUCUUGAUACAAAUGCAUCAAAUACUGAAGAAAACCUUGAUCUAUUUCAAUCACAUUUUGAAAGUUCUUCAUCAUUAAUGUCUAAUAUUGAUGUCAAUCUCUCAUCUAUAAAUGAAUUUCAAAUGAUUAAUCCAAAUGAAGAUAGCAACUCAAGCAUAAAAAAUGAUUCAUGUUUAGUUUUGACACGUUCAAUAACCGACGAGAAAAAAAGAAGUACUAUUUUAAGCAAUACUCAAAUCAAUAAUUGUUCAAAACCAAGACAUGUUUUAUGUAGAACAAAAUCAAUGCUUGGUUUCAACUCUCAACAAACUUGUUAUAGUAAACCAUUAACACUUGGUUUACCAGCAAUGAUAUCAAAUCAUUUAACACAUGAACUAUGCGUAUCUGUUUGUAAAACGCUUAGAACAAUUUUGGUUGUUAUAAAUAUGAAUAAAUGUUAUUGUGUUAAUACUGCUAUUUUACAGAUAUUUGAUAUGGAAGGAAUUUAUGCAAAAUACAGUACAAACGAUUGUGGAAACCCUUGCCCUGGUAAUCCACAUGAACGCUGUGGUAAUACAAAUACCAUUGUUAUCUUACAUGUUGCUGAAAAUCUAAUUCAACCCAGCUUUGACAAUACGAAUAAACAAUUUCCACUAUAUCCGGAUUUCGUUUAUGAUAGUUGUAUACAUUUAAAUUUUACCAAUCAAUCAGAAAUAUAUCAAUUUAAUUUGAAUUAUAUAAAUGAUGUUCAUCCACGUCAUUGUUUAGAAUUAUGUAAAAGUUAUAAACAACAAUAUGCUCUUCUUAAUUCAAAUAAAUGUUUAUGUACGAAUAUUCUAAUGAGAAAAAAACAAGAUAAAAGAUUUACAUUUCUAAACUAUAAUUGUAGUCAAAAAUGUCAAGGUAAUUUCUUAUAUACAUGUGGAAAUACAAGCAAUUCAACGAUAUAUUCAAUGUAUAUCAUGCAGCCAAGAUGUCCUCGGAAUUUUCAAGUUACUCAAGAUGAACGACGAUGUGUACACAUUGAUUUGUCAGUAAAAAAAUAUUCUGUCUUAACUGCACGAUCCUACUGUAAAUCUAUUGGUGGUAUGCUUGCAAAAAUAAAUGAUAUUUUAGAAAUUCAAGACAUAGUACCAAUAUCAACGCUAACUGCAAGUCAUCUUGAUAGAUUUUCAUUUGGUUAUAUUUCAAAUAUACUUAAUGAUACAAGAUAUUUUUGGAUUGAUCGUACAUUAGACAUAAUGAAUAAUAAUACAGCAGCAGAUCGUUCUAUUAGAAAAUGUUUUCAAACAUCAAAAUCAAUUGACCAAAAUUGUAUUGUUCUUCGUCGCGAAAAAAUUCUCAUUGAUAAUCAUUGGAUUUAUGAACAAUGUUUUACUGAAUCAGAUCAAUGUUCAUCAAUGUUUUCUAUACCAGUUUGUGUCGAUAAACAUCUCAAAUUUAAUUUAACCGCAAUUCCUUCAACGACAGAUGACGAUUCAUCAAUCAUAUCAGUUAAUACAUCAAUAGAUUAUUCAUGUGGUGAUGAUACAGAUUAUCACUUUGUGAAUGACUAUUGUUACAAAGUAUCCUUUCAUGAAACUACUUGGAGUGAUGCAAAAGCUGAAUGUGAACGUGAUAAUGCUAAGCUAUUUUUACCUGAAAAAUGGACAAUACUCUCCUUGAUAAAAUUCUUAUUUUUACGUCGACAUAGUUACACAUCAUCUGGUGUUGCACAUAUUGAUAUUUUUGCUGAUCAUCAAAAUCGUACUCGUAUGCGAUAUAACACAACCGAUGGAAGUACUUUAACAAGUUUACUAGAUUUGAAUGAUUUUCAUAGUUUAUGCGAAAGAAGAUUUCAUCAACGUUAUGAAGGAUUAAUGUUAUCAACAAAUUUAUCCACAAACGAGAAAAAUCGAUCAAAAAUGUGUGCAUACGUUGAUUUUCGAUCUGAUUCCUUACCAUCGAUUUCAUGUGAUGAAAUAUCUUGUAAUCGACCAGCAACUGUAAUAUGUCAAAAAUUACCAAUUGUCAAAACGCGUGCUGUUGUAGCAAAACGGUUAGUUAUCAAUACGAUGCAUGCAGUGUACAAUUAG